UUCCAUCAAUGGCGGCUCUGCUUGGCUGUCCCUGUGGCUCCCACACCCAUCACCCCAAAUCUCUACACACUCUUCCACUCUACAAAGCGCCUAUAAACUCUUGAUUCUCCUCCUCCUCCUCCUCCUCCUCUCUCCUUCGACGAAUAUGAUCCUUUUUCUGUUGGGAUCUUCAACCCUAGACCUUUCUCAUUCAUUCCCCCCUGUAAUUGUAAUGUAAUGCCUAUCAUCUCUGCUGCCUUCUUAAUUCUUCUUACAUUUCCGCCAUGUUUAUUUACUACUCCUUCCGCUGUUCUCUUCACAUUCUUCUUCUCUUCACUGCCAUUUCCCUCUCUUGUCUUGUUAUUCUUAGAGAACUCAACUCCCUUCGCUACUUCCCCCUUUUCUCCUUCUCUACUCCAUCCGGUCCUCCUCCUGUCCCCCCUUUCUUCCUUUCUCUCCCUCAUGACGAUGACCUUUCUCUGGCUGAUGAGUAUGGACUGGACAAGGUCUUAAAGGAUGCUGCAACAGAAGACAAAACUGUUAUUUUGACUACGUUAAAUGAAGCAUGGGCAGCUCCAAACGCAGUCAUUGAUCUCUUUCUACAGAGCUUUAGAAUUGGAAAUCAAACUCACCAACUAUUAGAUCAUUUGGUUAUUAUUGCAUUGGACAAAAAGGCAUUUAUGCGUUGCUUGGAUAUUCAUGUCCACUGCGUUGCUCUUGUUACUGAAGGAGUUGAUUUUCGUUCUGAGGCAUAUUUUAUGUCACCUGACUACUUGAAGAUGAUGUGGAGAAGGAUUGAUUUUCUACGAACUGUUCUUGAGAUGGGUUACAAUUUUGUAUUCACGGAUGCUGAUGUUAUGUGGUUCAGGGAUCCGUUCCCUUUCUUUGAUAUCAAUGCAGAUUUCCAGAUUGCUUGUGAUCAAUACCUGGGCAUACCUGACGAUUUAGAUAACAGACCGAAUGGAGGGUUUAACUAUGUGAAGUCCAAUAAUCGGUCAAUUGAGUUCUACAAAUACUGGUACUCAGCUCGAGAAACUUAUCCAGGAUACCAUGAUCAGGAUGUUCUUAAUAGAAUAAAAUACGAUUUUUUCAUAGAAGAAAUUGGCCUAAAGAUUCGAUUCUUGGAUACUGCUUACUUUGGUGGGUUUUGUGAACCCAGCAAAGAUUUGAAUCGUGUACUAACCAUGCAUGCAAACUGCUGUAUUGGAAUGGAUAGUAAGCUUCAUGAUCUUAGAAUUUUGCUCGAGGAUUGGAAACAUUACAUGUCGAUGCCACCAUAUCUUAAGACUUCAUCAAUUCAGUCUUGGAGAGUUCCACAGAACUGCAGUGUCUGAUGUUUUUGUCAAUACCACGAUUCUCCACAAAGAACUGAAGAAACUUGGAGUGAUGCAUUUUGAGCAAUCAUUUUCGCAUUGCUCAUUUCGAGUUUUGCGGACCAAAGAUAACUUUUGCUCUACAGCUUACACCAAAGUGAAUGUUAAAGAAAUGUUCCAUUGUUGGCUAAUUCAAUCUUUAUAGUUUAUUUUUGCUAGUUUGUGUAAAUUUAUAGCCAAUAAAUUUGGAGGUCGACCAAUUGUACAUUGCCAAAUUAGAAAGCCUAACCAUCAUUAAGUAGGUAGCUCUCUUGCUAGGAAAUUUGGUCAAGCGAUCAAAUUCAACUUUAGCUAUACUUUUGCUACAAGGAAAAAAAAAUUAUUUUGAAUUUUAAUGCAAUUUAUAGGUGCACUUUAUGUACAA